AUGCAUAACUUUGCAGGCUACACCGACGCAGAAGCUUUAACACAGUUCUUACACCGCCUACGCCUCAUCAAGUGCUGCUGGGGUGAGGUGGAGUGUCCUCUGGGUCAGUUCCCCUGUGGAAACCUGUCCAUGUGUUUGCCUCAGCCACAGCAUUGCAAUGGGCUGCAGGACUGCCCAAACGGAGCCGACGAGGAGAACUGCGUGGAUAACAGCGGCUGGCCCCAGCUGUUCGACGCCUUUAUGAAGAAGAGGGUGGAGGAGGCAGAGGGAUGCUUGCUGGACGUGUACCCUGAGCAGUGUGAGUGCGAAGGCCGAGUGGUGAACUGCCACAGCAGAGGGCUCCUGCACAUCCCAACCAUCUCCUCCAACGUGACGGCCCUGGUGCUGAAUAGCAAUCGGAUCAUGUCCCUGCCACCCGAUUUAUUUGUUCGCUACAGACACCUUGAGAAACUGCACCUGCAGAACAACAGCAUCGAGGUCAUCUCCAAAAGAGCUUUCUCUGGCCUGUUUUCCCUACGCCAGCUAUACCUGAGUUGGAACCGGAUAUCCACUCUGAAGGCAGGCAUCUUCACCGACCUCCAGAAUCUACAGUGGCUCAUCCUUGAUGAGAACGAGAUAAGCUCAUUGCGGCACCGUGCCUUUGAAGGGCUGCAGUCGUUAUAUUACCUAUCCUUAGUGAAUAAUUCCAUGGAGCAGCUUCCAAGGACGUCCUUCUGCCUGGAAAUGCCUCGGCUACACUGGCUGGACCUGGAGGGGAACAGGAUAGCUUCUCUGAGUGAGGCCAGUUUCCAGGACUGCACCACUUUACAAGUCCUUGUUCUGCGGAAAAACUGCAUUGCAACCAUUGAAAGGGGAACAUUUUCAGCUAUGCAUCGACUAAUAGAAUUAGACCUGUCCGUCAACAAACUCCAAACACUCCCUCCUCCAUUAUUUGAGAAUUUGAAGAGUCUUCAGCAGCUAAACAUCUCAAAUAAUCCACUCAGCAACAUAUACGAAGAUCAGUUUGACAGUUUGGUCAAUCUCCAGUCUCUGAGUAUGGAGGAGGUUGAGAUCCCCAACAUCAGUAUCCGCAUGUUCAGAUCCUUCAACAACUUGUCGCACAUCUAUUUCAAGCGCUUUGAAUAUUGUGGCUACUCCCCGACUGUACGGAGUUGCAAGCCGAACACUGAUGGCAUCUCCUCGUUCGAGAACUUGCUGGCCAACAUCAUCCUCCGGGUGUUCGUGUGGGUCGUGGCCUUUGUCAUCUGCUUCGGAAACAUCUUCGUCAUCUGCCUACGCUCCUGCAUAGCCAGCGAGAAUCAACACCACACCAUGGCCAUCAAGUCUCUCUGCUGUGCUGACUGCCUGAUGGGCAUCUACCUGCUCUUCAUCGGCUCCUUCGACAUCAAGUACUGCGGCGAGUACAACCGCCACGCCCAGAUCUGGAUGGAGAGCCUGUCCUGCCAGCUGAUUGGCUCGCUGGCCAUGCUCUCCACCGAGGUGUCCGUGCUCAUGCUCACCUACAUGACCCUGGAGAAGUACCUGUGCAUCGUCUUCCCCUUCCAGCACUUCCAGGUGGGCCGCAAGAGCACGCUCUGCUACCUGACGGCCAUCUGGGCGCUGGGCUUUGUCAUUGCAGUCAUCCCCUUCCUGGACCGACAGACGUUUGGGAAUUACUACGGGCGCAACGGUGUCUGCUUCCCGCUGCACACGGACCAGAUGGAGAAGCCUGGGGCCAGGAGCUACUCCACGGUCAUAUUCCUGGGGUUAAACCUGGUGGCCUUUGUGGUGAUCGUCUUCUCCUACACUAGCAUGUUCUACUCGGUGCAGAAGACGGCCAAGAGCGCUCGGCAGACGGCGCUGGACCGCGACGUCUCCAUCGCCAAGAGGUUCUUCUUCAUCGUCUUCACCGACGCCAUGUGCUGGAUACCCAUCUUCAUCCUCAAGAUCCUCUCGCUGCUCAGAGUGCAGAUUGCAGGGACGAUGAUCCUGUGGGUGGUGAUAUUCAUCCUGCCCAUCAACAGUGCCCUGAAUCCAAUCGUCUACACCAUCACCACCAGGGCCUUUCAGGAGCGUAUCAAAGUCUGCCUCAGGUACAAGUGCCACGAGACCAGAUGAUAUGAUGGACCUUUUAAUGUCUCGGCAGGGAGAGACAGACAGACACAAACAAAACAAAACGCGUGUGUUGUUGUGUGCACUCACGACGCAGACCAAUAAUAUCCACACUACACAGACAUGAGCAGGCUGCAGACAGAUAACACUAGCAUAACACACA